AUGAACAACAAUCACCAAGGGAUUGAUUACGAAAAGGAGGUGGGCGAUGAAGAUACGCACUUAGCCUUUGUGCUGCCGGCCGGCUACGCUGAGUCGCAUAGCGCCGAAGACAUCCGCAAGUUUGUGAUGGUGCAGAUCAUGGCGCUGGUGCUGGCCACCUUGCACCUGACACUACUGGGCCUCGGCACCCUGUCCACCUUCUCCUUGGCCGCGGUGCUCCCGCUGGAAAUCGUCGCCCUCUACCUGCUGCGGGUCAAGCACGACUUCGUCAGGGCAGCCCUCCUUCUCACCAGCGUCAUCAACUUUACAACCCUCUUCGCGUGCCUCCACUACGGUCUCGUCCCAGAGAUCUACGUGUGGCUCGGCUGGGUGCCAAAGAUCUUAUCGUUCACGAUGGGCGUCGAAGGCGGCUUGAUAGGCCUGGCGCUGGUGCUGGUCGAGGGUGCCGUCCUCUUUCUGCUGGGCUCUACGCGCUCGAGCGGGAUCCAGAGGGCCAACGACGAGCUGCGCGCAGCGGCCGAGGCCAAGAGCAUCUUCCUAGCCACCACCUCACACGAGCUGCGCACUCCGUUGCAUGGGAUCCUGGCCCUGUGCGACUCGCUGAUCGAGCGGAUGCCUCCGCGCCAGGCCGGCCGCAAGACGGUCAAAACGAUCUCCCAGUGCGGGCGACAUCUCCUCGGACUGCUCAACAACAUCCUCGACUUUGAGAAGGCCUGCUCCGACACCUUCAGCAUCGAAUGUAUUCCGUUCUCCAUCGCCCGCGAGGCCGAAAAGGUCUGCGCUACGUUUGCGGCGAUGAUGAAGGGCAAGCAGAUCACGCUGGAGAAGUACUUCAACCCACAAGCGAGCCACUACAUGGGCGACCCUCUCCGCUUUCGCCAGAUCGUGUGCAACCUGGUUUCGAACGCCUGCAAGUUUACGCCGAGCGGGGGAACCAUUCGAGUGUCCAUCACGAGCCAGCCCACGGGUGCGAUUCGCGUCGAAGUAGCAGACACAGGCAUCGGCAUCGCCCCGCCCGAACAAGCCCGUCUCUUCCAGAACUACGUCCAGGGCGACAACUCAAUAACCCGCCUGUAUGGGGGCACGGGGCUCGGGUUGGCGAUUUCGAAGCGGCUCGUGGAGGCCAUGGGCGGUCAGAUCGGGUGCCACUCGGCGGAGGGCAAGGGCUCCACCUUCUGGUUCGUUCUCCCGCUGCCGCUCGCCCCCGACGACUACUCGGCGGACAGCACCAGCGGCGACGAACUCGACCUUGCGGCAGUGAGCGACGUCGAAGACGAAACCGAUCAAGAUAACGAAGACGGCGAGAUCAAGAAGAACGAAUACGAUCGACAACGAAAAAGAACGAAGAACGAAGCCCAGCCCUCGACGACAGGCGAAGUUGCCGGCCCGGAGGAUUGUUUGAAGGGCAAGCGGGUCCUGGUGGUGGACGACAACCCGGUCAACCGGAAGGUGUGCGUGGCCCUGCUCCGUCGGUUUGGGGUGGUGGCCGACGGGCAGAUGUGCCUGGACACCCUCGAAGACGACCACUUCGACGCCAUUCUCAUGGACUUCCUCAUGCCCGUGCUUGAUGGCCUUCAGGCGACCACAAGAAUACGGCAGGACGAAGCGAAGCACGGGUGCAGACCGGUACCGAUCAUCGGGCUCACGGCGACGGCCACGGAGGAGGCUAAGGCGCGGGCGCACGAGGCUGGUAUGAACGACGUGCUCACGAAACCGUUCGACCACGAUCAACUGGCAGCCGCACUCUCUCGGUGGGUCGUGGCACGAUCGGAAUAG